UAAUAAGUGAACAACCCCUUUUAUUGAAAGUGAAUUUCACAACAUACAACAUAAAUUGACGAUAAAAUGGAACUUUUUGUAUAUAAAGGAGAGUUUAAGCUGCCGUCUAUUGAUCUUGACUGUUUGAGAGUCUUGAUGUACAUAAAAUUGACUGAUGUAAAAAACAUUAAAAUCAGACAAAACUUCUCACCAUUAAGAUCCGAUAAUGGGUUCCUGCCAUACCUUAUAGACACAACUGACAACAAAAAGUAUUGUGGAUAUGAGAAAAUCAUCAACUACUUAAAAAGCUCUGGAUAUGUGCUGGAUGGUUCCGAAAAGAACGAGGCAUGCUUAUCCUAUAUUAGACAGAACCUGUAUCCAUACUUUAUGUAUCAAUUGUUCGGAAGUCCUCAAAAUAUAGACGAUAGCCGAGCACUUUAUGCCACUAGAACUCCAUUUCCAUUCAACUUUUACUAUCCAUCAAAAUAUAUUAAGAAAACUGAGGAAGUAUGUCAAGCACUAGCUAAUUUCUCACUUGAAGAUCCGAUUGAUCAUCACGAUACAGCAGAAAUGGAAGUCAAAGCUAAGAAAUGCCUUAAUUGGGUUAGUGAGAAAUUGGGAACAAACGAAUUCUUCUUAAAUGGAACUCAAAGUGAAGUCGAUGCAACAGUUUAUGCUUAUUUAGCUAUAAUCCUUAAGUUCCAACUGCCAAAUAAUCAGCUCCAAGCACAUGCUAAGCAGUGUGAAAAUCUUGUAAGAUAUGUAAAUAAUUUAACUAAGAAAUUCUUCGACGAGUCUGAAUGCUUUGAAAGUGAAAAAGUCAAGGAACAGAACCAGAAGAAGGAACAAAAAGUUUUUACUGGACAAGAAGAAGAUGGAUCUCCAGCAGAAAUAAGAAAACGUUAUAUUGUGUCUGGACUUUUUGCUACAACUGCCAUGCUCGUGUACGGCUACCUUCAUGGAAUUUUUUCUGUAAAUCCUAUUAGACUUAACUCAUUUGACUAAUAAUCCUCAUGAAUCUCAUAUUUUAACCAACUGUUUUAGAUAACAUUAGCUGAAAAAUUGAAUGAAAACAGGACAACAUACAGUGAUUAUGAUAGAGAGUAUGUUGGUGAUGACGAUGAUUAAAUUGUAGACACGAUACACACACUUCAUAUACAUUUCAUUCAGGAUUUUUGUUUGAUUCAGUUUAAAAGAGAAUUUAAAUGCUAUAAUAAAGGCUAGUUUUUUUUGAAAUUCGUGAUUAAAUAUCAAAUUUAACGUAUUUAUGAGAUUUAUAAUUUUGUAACGGCUUUAUAAAAUUAAAAUUUUAUGCUUUUUAAAACUUUUUCAUACAAUUCAAAUUUCAAUGAACCGUUAAAAUUAUAGAACUUAAUUUUAGAGAUAAAU